UGUGGGGGGAGGUUUGGCUCACUAUUUGCUCGAUGGUAGCCGCGGUCUUCGUACUUUCGACAAUUCGGUACCUUGAUCGUGCUUUACGGUGAUUAUUGUGAACGAAUCACGUUGUUAACUUUGCGGAGUUUGAGGAACGAGUAUAAAAGGCGUUCAUGUAAAAAGUAACAAGGGAAAGUGAAGAAAAAGGAAUAACAAUGUUGAGUCUUUGCCGUCAAGCCAUAAUAGCUAACAGUCAAAAAAUUAGUACAAGAUGUCUGGGAACAAUUGUACCAGUACCCAAUCCACCUGAAUUUGCUUUAGAAAAUGAACCUAUUCUUAGUUAUCAGAAGGGCAGCCCCGAGAGGGCUGAGUUGGAAAAAGUCUUGGAUAAGAUGGCUAAUGAAUGCGAAGAAGUGCCAUUAGUAAUUGGAAAUGAAGAAAUUAAAACUGACUUAUCUAGAUAUCAAGUUAUGCCACAUAAUCACAAAGUAAAAAUAGCUAAGUACCACUGGGCAACACCUGAUCUAGUCAAAAAAGCAAUCGAUGUUGCUGUUAAAGCCCAGCGUGAAUGGGAGAAAUGUUCCAUUGAUAAACGUAUACAAAUUUGGUUGAAGGCAGCUGAUUUAAUGGCAAACAAGUAUAGGCAACAAUUGAAUGCUGCCACUAUGCUUGGCCAAAGUAAAACAGUUAUCCAAGCAGAGAUUGACAGUGCAGCAGAAUUAAUUGACUUUUUUAAAAUGCAUGCGUAUUUUGCCAAAGAUAGUCUCAAGUACCAACCAAUUUCACCAGAUAAAAACACUUUGAACUCUUUGAGGUAUCGUGGGAUGGAUGGCUUUAUUGCAGCAGUAUCACCAUUCAACUUCACUGCCAUUGGUGGUAAUCUUAGCUACACACCUGCUCUGAUGGGUAAUGCUGUUCUGUGGAAACCAUCCGAUACUGCCCUACUUUCUAACUGGUGGAUCUUCAAAAUAUGUAGAGAAGCUGGUGUACCACCAGGUGUAGUCAAUUUCGUGCCCUGUGAGGGUCCUGUUUUUGGAGACACUAUCACUGCUUCACCAUAUCUAUCUGGGAUCAAUUUCACUGGAUCAGUGCCGACAUUUAAUCGUUUAUGGAUGCAAGUUGGUCAGAAUUUGGGGAAGUAUAAGAACUACCCAAAAUUAAUAGGUGAAUGUGGUGGAAAAAAUUUUCAUUUUGUACACCCAAGCGCUGACGCAGAAUCAGUUGCUUAUGGGACCAUAAGGAGUGCAUUCGAAUUCAAUGGUCAGAAAUGUUCUGCUUGCAGUAGAAUGUAUGUACCAGAAUCUUUAUGGCCUAAGGUAAAAGAAGUUCUUUUAUUUAUCCGUAAAAAACUGACGAUCGGAGAUGUUAGGGAUUUUACUAUGUUCGCUGGAGCCGUCAUCGAUGCUGCUGCGUUCAAAAGAAUUUCCGGAUACAUCGAACAUGCCAAGAAAUCUCCAAAUUUGGAAAUCAUUGGCGGUGGAAACUGUAACGAUUCACGAGGAUAUUUCGUUGAUCCCACAAUAGUGGUAACAAAGGAUCCAAAAGAUAAGAUUAUGACUGAGGAAAUAUUUGGCCCUGUGUUAACAAUUUACGUUUACAAAGACUCGAAACUCGACGAAACCAUGGAACUUGUUGAAUCGUCGACACCCUAUGCUUUAACUGGUUCGAUAUUUGCACAAGAUGAACAAUGGGCGAGAAAAGCGCUUGAGGAGUUCAAGUACACGGCUGGUAAUUUUUACGUUAAUGACAAAUCGACCGGAUCGGUUGUGGGUCAACAACCUUUUGGUGGUAGUCGAAUGUCUGGUACAAACGACAAAGCUGGUGGCCCUAAUUAUGUCCUUCGUUGGGCCUCGCCGCAGUCGAUUAAAGAAACGUUUGCCCCUCUGCGCGAAUAUGAUUAUCCAUACAUGAGAUCUUAGGUUUAAGUACACAGCAUGCAUUAAUCAAAUGAAUAUGUACAUAUAUUUUGUGCAGUAGCAGCAUCCUCUAUUGCAAACGUGAAAAAAUGCUGUUGUUCAUAGAUGAUCGAUACGAUCGAUGAAAUAUUCUGAUGCAUUUCCUUUUACGUGGAUUCACCACGUACAGGCGGCGCUAUAUUUGCACCCACGAUGCAAGUGACUCGUGCUUCGUAGGAAUUUAUACUACAAAAAGCAUAAUGCUUACACACACAUACGAUUACUCGUGGUGAAAACCUAUGUUUUCUACAAACAGAGUGUUCAGUGAUUGGUAUCUGUCCGUACCAAUUGAUUAGUAUUUUUGUUUGGACAUUAAUCCUGUUACCGUCUGAUCGAUUAGAUUGACGUCACGAGACAAGUAUUACUUGUGAACCGCUUUUGAAGCUGCAACACGGGCUCACCUUAUUGUUCGCUGCCAAUAGACAAUGAUCAUGUUAUGUAACGUGCGGCAUGUAGAGUCAAUAUAUUGUUAAGAUCGAUUUUCAGUACAAUAAUAUUUUAAUAUCUCAGGAAUAUGUGUAUACAUGGUCGCUGACGGAGAGGCAUUUCAGUUUUUCGGUCAUAGAUUGCAGUUUUGCAUGGAAACUUUUAUAACGAUAAUAGCGGAAUAUGUAUAUCGUUAAUAAAUUGUACAAGGCGAAUUGAAAAAAAAGAAACAAGACAUCCUGGGCGUAUCUGGGAAUUGUGAUGAAUGCGUACUAGUUAGAAAAACCAUGUCAUUGUGUUUUUCUGAACUCACCCUCUUUUUUACUAUUCUUACACGGAUCGUUUACACAUGGCGAUAUAUAUAAUAUAUAUGCGCAUCCCGAAUUCAUUUUACUGUGUAAUUCAUGAGACAAUAUGUAGAUGCGGGACAAACACAGUAAAAUGCAAGAGUUACCCUUAAAUUACGUUGUAGCGUCCGAUUGUCGAUCGGUCGGAUAUGUUAUUGUUGACAGUGUGAUUGAGGCAUUAGAGUCUUAUAAGUCGAACGGUGAUUACCUAAUUGAAUACACAAUAAUAUCUUAGAUGUUGUGGCUGAUGUUAUAAUGUAAUUUAUUUUAAGUGUACUAUAGCAAUAAAACACUGUACGAUUACA